AUGUCUUACGCUCCAGCAAAUAGAUUCCUGGAUGCGAGCAUUACAAUAUACGCAAAUGGCGACGAUGAAUGCGACGACCCACGGCACGUCCGGCCGUUCAAAUGGCCCACAAACCCUCAAGCGGGCAGUUUAUUGUGUAAACACAAAUCGCAAUUCCGCCUCGGUUGGGCCGUUAACGCCGCGCUCACGCGAGUCACGUUGGCGAUAUCUGUGUGGACAGCACCAGGUGUUCCGAGGGCGGUAACUCGUCAGCGCAAUAAUUCAGCCCAUCCGACUGAAGAUGGAGACCCUCGCUGUCGGGUUACAGUAAUGAGCGUCGCUUAUACGCAACUCCUG